UCAGUUCGAUAUCGCACGGAUCCACGCACAGAGAGCAAGGAGAUGGCUACCAGGGUGGCCAUGGCGUGCGGUCGCGCCGGCGACCAGCCGGCGGUGCGCAAGGGGCCGUGGACGCUGGAGGAGGACCUCAUCCUCGUCGGCUACAUCUCCGAGCACGGGGAGGGAUCCUGGGAUAACCUCGCGCGCGCUGCUGGUCUGAACCGCAACGGGAAGAGCUGCAGGCUGCGGUGGCUAAACUACCUGCGGCCGGGGGUGCGGCACGGCAGCAUCACGCCGGCGGAGGACGCGGCGAUCCGGGAGCUCCACGCGGCACUGGGCAACAAGUGGUCCAAGAUCUCCAAGCUCCUCCCCGGCCGGACCGACAACGAGAUCAAGAACUACUGGAGGACCAGGAUCCAGAAGAAACCGGCAGCAGCAGCCAAAGCCCCGCACCAGCAACCGCCGGCGGCCGUCGUCAGAGAGGGCGCCAGCUCCGCCGCCGGGUACUACUGCGCGAAGCCCGACCCCGCCGAUCAGCAAGCGUACUGGUCCCAGAAGGCCGCCGUGGCAGCUGCGACGGCGGCGGCGGGGGUCGGAAGCGGCGAGGGCGUAUCGUCGUCCACGCCGACGAGCCAGGACAGCUCCACCGGUGCUGGAGACUGGCGCAUGCAGCAGACGAGUAGUUGUCCCUACUACUCGGAGCUGAUGAUGAGCUGGAUCGCCGGCGGCCACAGCGAGACGGGCGUCGGCGUGGACGCUCUGACGACGCACUUCUCCUCGUCCGGCCAGUUCAGCGACAGCUUCUGGAACGCUGUGGAGAAUUUCUGGGAGACGAAACCGGUGACAGGUGCAUUCUGAAGAGUGCAUGGCGAUAGUUUCUGGCGUUUCAGUGUUCAGUAGCUCGCUAGAACUGUCAGCAAGCUCGAUCGGUAUACAAGUGCAGUACCUUAGGAGCAUACUGCGUACGGACAUGCUUCUUGAGGUAUGUCGUAGUAUAGUUGCAUUACUAGACCACUAGUUGAAUGAUUGCUCUUGUUGCCGUAUUUGCUGAGUGAACAGCUGAACAUGGCUAAUCAACAAUGCACGUGAGAAAUCGGCA